UGAAACUUAGGGGCGGGGACGCGCUGCCGGGUCCUCCGACAGGGUGCGGCGUCAGGACCACUUCCGGGUGACGUUGGGGUCCUCCAUCCGCCUGAGGGCGGGGAGCCGCGCCACUUGCACCCACCUGAGAACCUGGAAGGCGGUCGCGUUCCGUGAGGAAGGAUCGGCUCAGCAGCUUCUCAGCUAUGGUCUCCAGGCGGUGGGCCAUGUUGCGCUUCGCCUGGGCGGACAGAGUCCGUGGCCGCCGGUGUGAUGCUUCCGGAUCCACUGCACGCCUGGGAUACGGUGGGAGCGCAGGAGCCAGGUCAGGAGCAGGGUGCGGCCGCGAGCCUCGGAGCCGCCCUUCGCACCUCAUUUUAAUCUUUAAUACAAAGUACACACAUCAAAGUCGUCCCAACCUACUGUGCAUUGAUUGGGAGAGUCAAGGAAGAGAUUUUCGAUUGUGAGUUUCUUGCACUUGGCUAAAGCCCAGGAUUAGUUUGAGCAAGAGAUUAUCAUGAAGACAGUGAAAGGCGUCUGUGUCUUUUUCAUCCUGCAUCUGUGUUUCUUUGACCCUGGAAGGACUGGAAAAGUACUUGUAUGGCCGGCAGAUUUUAGUCACUGGAUUAAUUUAAAAGUUAUUUUGGAAGAACUCCAUCUUCGUGGGCACGAGCUGACCGUCCUGGUACCUUCACCAAGCCUUCUGCUUGAUCAUACCAAAAUCCCCUUUAAAGUGGAGGUCCUUCAACUUCCGGUAACUCAGGAAACUCUCAUGAAAGAGCUGGAUACGGAGCUCUAUACAGCUUCUUUUGAACUGCCGAAACUCUCAUGGUGGGACCAGCAAGUAGCACUGACAAAAAUGGUAAAGAGAUUUUUCAUAACAGCCAAAAGAGUAUGUGACAGCGCUGUCACAAACAAGGAGUUACUCAGCAGGCUACAGGCAGCUAAGUUUGAUGUCUGUAUUGCAGACCCUUUAAGCUUUUGUGGGGAGUUGGUGGCUCAGCUCCUCAAUAUUCCAUUUGUUUACUCUUUUCGAGCUUCCUAUGGUAAUACAAUGGAGAGAUUGUGUGCUGGACUUCCUAUGCCUUCUUCCUAUGUUCCUAGCAGCGCAUCAAGGCUGACAGAUAAGAUGACUUUUAUGCAGAGGCUGAAGAAUUGGUUAUUGUAUACAAUGAGCGAUGUAAUGUAUUUAUAUUAUCUAUUUCCAGAAUGGGAUGAGUAUUACAGCAAGGUUUUAGGAAAACCUACCACGUUAUGUGAGGUUAUGGGGAAAGCUGAAAUGUGGUUGAUUCGAACUUACUGGGAUUUUGAAUUUCCUCACCCUUAUUUACCUAAUUUUGAAUUCGUUGGAGGCCUUCAGUGCAAGCCUGCAAAGCAACUACCUCAGGAGUUAGAAGAGUUUGUCCAAAGCUCUGGAAGAGACGGAGUUGUGGUGUUUACUCUGGGGUCAAUGGUCAAGAACCUCACAGAGGAAAAGUCUAAUAUGGUUGCAUCAGCCCUUGCCCAGAUUCCACAGAAGGUUCUGUGGAGGUACAAAGGAAAGAAACCAGAAACAUUAGGAGCCAAUACCCGGUUGUAUGAAUGGAUUCCACAGAAUGAUCUUCUUGGUCAUCCCCAAACCAGAGCUUUUAUUACUCACUGUGGAACCAAUGGGAUCUAUGAAGCUAUUUACCAUGGGGUCCCUGUGGUGGGAAUCCCCCUGUUUGGUGAUCAGUUUGAUAAUAUUGCUCGUGUCCAAGCUAAAGGGGCUGCUGUUCAAUUAGACUUGAACACAAUGACGAGUUCUGAUCUGCUUAAGGCCUUGAGGACAGUUAUUAACAACUCAUCCUAUAAAGAGAAUGCUAUGAAGUUAUCAAGAAUUCACCACGAUCAGCCUGUAAAGCCGCUGGACCGGGCGGUCUUCUGGAUUGAGUUUGUCAUGAAUCACAAAGGAGCCAGGCACCUGCGGCCAGCAGUCCACGACCUCACCUGGUACCAGUACCACUCUCUCGAUGUGAUUGGGUUCCUGCUGGCAUGUGUGGCAGUUGUUGUAUUCCUGGUCACUAAAUGUUGCCUGUUCUGUUGCUGGAAGUUUGGUAAAAUAUCAACGAAGAGAAAGAGAGAAUAGUUUUUGUUUUGUUUUAACAGUUGAUAUGGAACAGGUGAUAAAGUUUAUCUGAAUUAAUUCAACCACUGGUUGGAACAGAUUCCUCUCCUACUUUUUGUGAGUUCUUAUCCAUUUCUUAGCUUUUCACUUGAAACGUUAAAGAAUCACCCCUAAAAUGAGCCAUAUUAUUUAGAAUUAAGGUUUAAAAUAACCUUUUCCUUAAAAAGAAAUGAUAAACACAAAGGUAAAGUUGCUACUGUUAAAGAUUUAUUGCUUUACUUUAUUCAUAGCUCUUAGUUCAACAAACCUAUAUGCUCUUUGAGGGCUUAGGAACAUAAUGAUUAAUUCUGUUUUCAGUAUUGAUCAUACUGAACAUUUGCUAAAUAUGUAAUAUCAUUUGGGGAUCCAGUAUGUAAUAACUAGUGCAUAUUCUCUAAAGGAACUAGGCAAGAAAUAGCAUAGAGCACACUCUAGCCAGAGCUUCCCUUCCAGCCAGUAACAUCAGGAGAGUGUUAGGGUCUCUACUCUGCUGCAAAGCACAUUUCACACCAUCAAUUUCCUUUCCUUUGACACAUCAAACUCUGUUAUCUUUGGAAUACAAACAUUUUUUGUCUUUGAUUUGAAGAUUUGCCUUUAUUUGGAUAUUAAUAAUGAUAGUACUUCAUUCGUAUUGUUAUUUGGCUUUAUAGAAGUCACUGAUAAAUUAGCAGGAUUGUUGAUAUAAUGGAGCAAAAGUAAAUGAUUAGAAUUUAAUGCCUACCUUUUGUUUUUUCUUUUUAGGACAGCACCCGUUGCAUAUGGAGGUUCCCAGGCUAUGGGUCGAAUCAGAGCUGUAGCUGAUGGCCAGAUCCAAGCUGCAUCUGUGACCUACACCGCAGCUCACAGCAAUGCCAGAUCGUUAACCCACUGAGUGAGACAAAAGAUUGAUUCCGCAUCCUCAUGGAUGCUAGUUGGAUUUGUUUCCACUCUACCACAAUGGGAACUCCUAAUACCUACCUUUUAAAGUAUUUAAUUUUUAAAAAUUAUUUUCUACAUUAAUUUUACUUACAAUGUACUCAUUUGGAAAGAAGAAGCAAACUUAGAUCUACACUACAGAUACUUUGGGGGAAAAAUGUGUUUCUCAGAAAUGCUGUUUGCUAUGGGGAUGAUUUUUCCAUUUAAUUAGAAACUCAGUGAGUUUUCUCAUUUUUUCUUUUUUUUAAACCCCUAUCACUCCCCUUGAUCCUCUCAUAAACUGUAUUGUGAUCACUAUACCUAGCACAAGUACUUAGACUUCUUAUUAAAAAACAUCAGCCAAGUGUUUACUGGUGGUUCAGCAGGUUAAGGGUCCAGCAUUGUCACUUCUGUGGUUGGGUCACUGCAGUGGAGUGGGUUCAAUCCCUGGCCCCAGAACUUCUAUAUCCUGUGGGUGUGGCCAAAAUAAAUAAAUAAAAUAAUGAGUUAAAUUAUUUUUUUAAAAAGCAUCAGCCAGAAAUCUGCAGUAAACAGGAAGACGCAUAUUGAAUUUUAAUAAAAAGAUGUCUCAAAAAAAAAAAAAGAGUAUGCUCUUUUUUCUCUAAUCAUAACAGGGUCAAUUUUGGGAGGCGCUGACAGCGAUUUUGUUUUGUACUUCCACCAUAAUUCCUGUACCCCACAAGGCAUAUUACAUCCCUCUCAUGAUCUGCCGGUACCUCCACUUUUGGCCAGAGGAGAAUAACUAGAGUGAAGUCACAGUGUAAUCCAGCCAGGUAUAAGCUGGAUGACUAAAGAAAGCUGGUAUAACUCAAAAGAACUAGAGCAGCUCUCCAGUAUUUACCAGGAGGAACACAGAGAUUAUAUAUGGAAUUGUACACAAAGAGAUUGGACUAAGGAGAGUAGAAUAUAAAGUUUUGUAAGGAACCACAUUUUAGAAUUUUUGGAGCUUUCUCUCAGGACAUAGAAUUGAAUACUUGUGUUCAGACUCCAGAAAAUGGUAGUAACAGAUUACCAGGAUGCCUGUAGAAAUUUGGAAAAAGUGAAGGCCCACAGGAAGUGAAACUGAUGUUCUAGAAGUACCACACCAAACUGGAAGAAGGACUCCAAAGCCUUCAAGUAUCUGACACGUUCAGAUAAGUGUGCUUGUAAAUCUGGAAAAGCUGUCAUAGGAUCGUUUCCUAAAAUUAUGAGAUGUUCAUAAACUGAGGGCCAGGUUGUUGGUGGUUACAAAACUGAGCUCAGUGAUGUUAAUUAGUAUCAAAAUCCCAGUGGAGAGCAGGUAAUGGCCUCAGUCAUCACAAGUUAGGAGGUCACAGUGAUCACAGUGAACAGUGAGCUUAGAGUGGCAGCCAUCCAGGCUUAACCCAUGAACAGCCGCAAUAUGAUGAUAGAGAUAAAACAGAUAGGCCACUGAAAUGGGUAUUUCCCUGUCUCUACCACCAGAGAGUCCAGGGAUAGGGAUCAGAAGGAUGAGAACCAUCACUUCCCUCAAAUCAUAAUCAUAUGCUACUUUUUUGGUCGCCUCUGCCCCGCAUAUGGAAUCCACAAGCCAGGGAUCAGAUCUGAGUCGCAGUUGGGACCUAUGCCACAGCUGUGGCAAGGCCAUAUUCUUAACCCACUGUGCUGAGCUGGGGAUGAAACUUGUAUCCCAGCACUCCAGAUACACCACCAAUCCCAUUGUACCACAGGAAAUUGCUUAAAAAUAAAAAAAAGAUUGAUGUGUGCUACAUCGAUUGACUCUUCCUUUCAUGAACAAUUUCUCUGUAGCAUGCUAUGUUUGAGCAUUUUACUCGAAGAAGAAAUUCAUUCACAAUUAGAGUCAAACCUCUCAAAACCUGCUGCCAGUUUAUCAAUUAAGUCUAUGUAAUCUAACUCCUUUUUUUUUUUCAUUUCAAAAAUCUUCAGCAGCAUCUGCACCAGCAGUACUUGCCAUCUCAAGAAAUCACUUCCUUUGCUCCUCCAGAAGGGGCAGCACCUCACUUGUUAGUUCUAUCUUAAGAAUGUAGCAAUGCAUUCACACCUUUAGGUUCUGCUUCUAAUUCAAGUUCUCUUCCUAUUUCUGCCACAUCUGCAGUUCUUUGUUCUGCUGUAAUCCUGAACCCUUCAAAUAUCCUUGAGAGCUGGAAACAGCUUCUUCCAAAUUCCUGUUAUUGUUGAUAUUUUUGACCUCUUCUCAUGAAUCACAAAUGUUCUUACUGCCAUCUAGAAUCGUGACUUUCUUUCUAGCAAUUUUUCAACUCUCUUUGCUCACCCAUGAGAGAAGUCACCAUCCAUGGCUGCUAGAGUCUUAUAAAAUGUAUGUCUUAAAUAAUAAGACUUGAAAGUUGAAAGCGCUCUGAUCCAUGGGAUAUAGAAUAAUCGUCCUGUUAGAAAGCUUGAAAAAAAUAUUAUACAUUUCCAGUAAGUCUCCUGAGUGACCAGCUGAAUCACCAGUGAAUACCAAUAUUUUAAAACAAAUCAUUUUCUGAAUAUCGUGUCUCAACAAUGCGUUAAACAUAUUCAGUAAACCAUCUAGUAAAGACAUGAGCUGUCAUCCAGGCUUUGUUGUUCCAUUUAUAGAGCACAGGCAGGGUAGAUUUAGCAUCAUUCUUGAAGACCCUAGAAUUUUCAGAACGGUCCUUAAACACUGGCUUCCGCUUCAAGUCACCAGCUGCUUUGUCCCCAAAAAGAGAGUCAGCCUGUCCUCUGAAACCUCAAAGCCAGGCACUGACUUCUCCACCCUAGCUAUGAAAAUCCAAGAUGGCAUCAUCUUCCAGUAUAAGGCCAAUUCAUCUGCAUUAAAAAGUCUGUGGUUAGUGCAGCCACCUUCAUGUAUUACCUUAGCUAGAUCUUCUAAAUAACGUGCCAUGGCUUCUACAUCAGCACUUGCUGCUUCACUUUGCACUUUUCUGCUAUGAAGAUGGAUUCUUUCUUUAAAUCAAAUGAACCUAACUCUGCUUCCACUUUUUUUUUUUUUCUUUGCCCUACAGCAUCCUCACCCCCCUCAGCUGUCUUAGAAAUGAAGAGUUAGGGCCUUGCUCUGAUUUAGGCUUUGGCUUAGCAGAAUAUUGGGGCUGGUUUGGGUGUCUGCCCAGAUCAUGAAAUCUGUCUCCAUAUAAGCAAUAAGGCUGAUUCACUUUCUUAUUAUUCAUGAGCUCACUGGAGUAGCACUUUUUUAAUUUCCUUCAAGAAUCCUCCCUUUGGAGUUCCCAUCGUGGUUCAGUGGUUAACAAAUCUGACUAGGAACCAUGAAGUGGCGGGUUCGAUCUCUGCCCUUGCUCAGUGGGUUAACGAUCUGGCAUUCCCAUGAGCUGUGGUGUAGGUCGCAGAUGUGGCUCGGAUCCUACAUUGCUGUGGCUCUGGCGUAGGAUAGCAGCUACAGCUCGGAUUGGACCCCUAGCCUGGGAACCGCCAUAUGCCGCAGCAGCAGCCCAAGAAAUGGCAAAAAGACAAAAAAGAA